GCUGGAGUGUGUCAAGUGUGGCAGAGAGAACGAGGAUGACGCAGGGGUUUGUGACGAGAUGGGACGUGGAGUGGACGUGUUUGCUGGGAGGAGUGGAAGAUCGAGUUGCUGAGUGGAGGCACGAAUGGACGAGUGAUGGAAGCAGUGAAAGAGUUCUGGGAAAGAAUUUAGCGUACAGAAUGUAGGGAACAGUAUUUUGUCCCAUGUACGCAGGAUUGUGUCUGUUCUGUAGUAGGUUUUGUUUCUUUUCACAGGAGCUGCCGUUACAAAGGCCUGACGGGGCGAGUCACCUGUGACAUCAAGAUCAAGCGGAGAAAGCUCCAAAAGGGGCAGCUGUGACCUGAAGGGCCUUGGCAGUGUUUCUCGCGGAGGAGGAGCCCCGCGGCGCCCAGGCACACGACUUUGUGUCCCGGCGGCCACCACUGGUGCUGGUGUUGAGUGAGGCCGUGGGACAGGUGCUGUGCUCAGCGCCUCCUCCGUACUCGCUGCCGCUGACUUCAGGACUCCUUGGUGCAUCCUACGCCUUGCCUGCUGGAUUGGUCCCUGAGUGUGGCUCUGUAGGAGCCUUGCCACCGCCUGCUCCAGCAUCUCUGAGGUUCCUGCAAGACCAGCCGACUCCUCCCACCUGGAGUAGUGUUGCAGUGGAGGCUGCAAGGCGGGGCAGCAGCUGGAGUGGCUGGGAGCAGCAGGAGCAGACUGCUACUGGUGUGAGGUUCAGGAGUGAUGAGAAACACCACCACCACCAACAACAACAGCCGCUACUGCUGGCAUCUCAUCCACAAAGGGGGAAGUUUGAAUUUCAGAAGUGUGAGAAGAUCUGAGAGUGAGAGCAAGUUUACUAGCCACAGCCAAGUGUGUGGGAAAAGACAUGCAGGGAAGGAUGACCUCAACAAAUACACCCACACACUCUGGUGUAAGACCUCAUGAAAGCCGGGAGAUCAGCAUCCAUUGGUGUGGGUUCUGCUCCGAGGACUUCCUGGGCCCGAGGGAGUGCAAGGAACAUAUAAGUAAGGAGCACCCCAGCAGGAAGCCGCGGGGGGGUGGUCUGGGGCAGCACACCCCCCGGGGCAGCCAGGUGAAGUACCCGCCCCAGCCCGGCACACUCAUGGGCCACAGGAAGGCACGCUCACCUGGCCAGGAAGAGACUACAGGUCCAGGUGGAGGUGGAGGAGAGGAGGGGGAGGAGGUGGAGGGCAAGAGGAAGGUGAGGACUCCGAGGGCUCUGCAGGAACAGUUUUGGCUGCAGAAACAACGGCCAAAACCUGUGUGUUCCGUGGAGGUGGAGAAGAAGCACAAGAGUUCUCUGUCCACCUGCAAGUACUACAAGUUUUCCUCGGAGGCCAAUCUGAGGCCCAUAGGGAGUGCCACGGAGGCGGGGGCGGGAAGGGCGGCGAGAGGGGCUUCUCCUGCUCCCAGUGUGGCUUCAGGUGUGAUAAGUGGUCGGUGGGUCAGCUUCACCUCUGCAAGGAUCACGCGCUGGACAUGACCUCCUGAGCUGCGGGAUCUGCCACACCUACAAGACGUGCACCCAGCAGCGCCUCCUCGUCCACCAGAAGGUACACUCCGACGUCAGGGAGCACAUUUGUACGACCUGUGGCAAGGGGUUCAAGCAGUCGGCGCAGCUCCUGAACCACCAGGGCGCGCACAUCACCGACCCCAAGGACAUGCCUGCCUGGGCCGACAAAGCGUUCUGCGAGGAGUGCCAGAAGUGGUUCAGGGACAGGAAAUCGUUUCAGAAGCACAACACUCUGGGACCGUGGGCGCGUCACCAGAGGCAGCCACUCACCCCAGAGGACAAGGAGCCAUGGGGUGCGGCACAAUUGGCAAGCCGUGAACUGACAGACACUGGACAGCACCCUGGCAGAACGUGUACAGAACAGGAGUCUGGAGGCAGUGCAGGAUCCUGGGAGGGGACGGAAGGAGGGAAAAAGGAAGGAAGGAAGGAAGGAAGGAGGGAAGAAGGAAGGAAGGAAGGAAGGAAGGGACACACCUCAACUUACAGGACUCAGAUCAUCAAGGUUCACAGUCCACCAGGAGUAGCCCAGAGAGGGAGUCCAGUCUACCACGGGACAGUCCACUCGUCAAGGUCCAGCCAGGUCUAUUGUUGACAGUCUGGGAACGGGAGGAAGGAAGGAAAAGGAAGGACAGAAGGAAGGAACACACACACUCAUAUUCUUAACUUCUGUCUUUCUUACUGAUGCGAUAUUUCUUCUCCUCCUCCUCUUCUCCACAAUGUGUUGAGUAGGUGGGUGUUGAUACAAUUGCUUUUCUCUCUCUCUCUCAAUCCAUCUAUUUUUCUCUAUUAUUUCCCUUCUUUAUCUUACUUUCUCCCUCUUCCUCUCAUCAUUACAUUUUCUCUUCUUUAUCAUACUUUCUCCUCCUCUGUUCAUAAUCUCUCUCUCUCUCUCUCCCCUGUUAUCUCAUUCUCCUCUGUCUCUCUUCAUUCUUAAUUUUUAUUUGUCAUUUUCUCCCUCUCUCUCCUUCUUUUCCUUCUCUCUCUCUCUCUCUCUCUCUCUCUCUCUCUCUCUCUCUCUCUCCUCAUCACUUCUAGGUAAACUUCUUUUUAUUUAAAUAGGGGAAGUUAGACACAAACUAAACAAUUAUUUUUUAUUAUUAACAAAAAACAGACACACCAGCACUGAGGAAGGUCAUAUAUGUGGCUGGGGAAGGAGGGGUGGGGGGGCAGAGGUCCUUGUAUGUGGCUGGGGGGGCUAUGUGGGGUAUGUCAAGAUCCAGUGGGGUUGAAUCCAGUGGGUCCUGUGGCUGUGGUGAGGUGGGUAUAUAUAUAUAUAUAUAUAUAUAUAUAUAUAUAUAUAUAUAUAUAUAUAUAUAUAUAUAUAUAUAUAUAUAUAUAUAUAUAU